GACACAUUUUACCAAGUGCAGGUGAUAUAUAUUUAUGAAAUUAACAAAGGCCUAUAACUGAAAUAUAAACAACACAUUUUACAACAUGAAGCAACCCGUCUUACUGGCUUUAAUUCUGAAUAUAACCGGAUGUCAUUUUCAAUCUGAUGGACACAAAGGAAGUGACGACGUUAACUUAAGUCAGCGUCCAGUAAGUCCUUACACGUCUAGGUCAACUUCCUCAUCGGGCACCGGAAAUGAAGCACGCUAUCCUUUCAUGAUUGACGGUAGUGACACUUUUAUUGGAGGAAUGGAAGCCAAUUUAGGUUCCAGAAAUGAAGCAAGCUCUCCUGUUACUUUUGUCGGUAGCGAUUCUUUUGGCGGAGAACUGGACACAAAAGUGGGUUCCAGAUACGGAGUCAGCUCUCCCGUCACCAGUGCCGGAAGUGCUAACUUACACAGAGUUAUUGCUAACAGAAAUGGAUCUGGAAGAAAAGCAAAUUCUCCUUUUGCCAUUUCAGGGAGUGGAUAUUUUGGCGGAGGUAUGGGUAACACACUAGGAUCUGGAAGUGAAGGAAACUCUCCUUUCGCUAUUUCAGGAAGUGGAUCUUUUGGCGGAGGGAUGGGUAACAAACCUGGAUCUGGAAGUGACGGAAACUCUCCUUUCGCUAUUUCAGGGAGUGAAUCUUUUGGCGGAGGGAUGGGUAGCAAACCUGGAUCUGGAAGUGAAGGAAACUCUCCUUUCGCCAUUUCAGGGGGUGGAUCUUUUGGCGGAGGGAUGGGUAACACACCUGGAUCUGGAAGUGAAGGAAACUCUCCUUUCGCCAUUUCAGGGAGUGGAUCAUUUGGCGGAGGGAUGGGUAACAAACCUGGAUCUGGAAGUGACGGAAACUCUCCUUUCGCCAUUUCAGGGAGUGGAUCUUUUGGCGGAGGGAUGGGUAACACACCUGGAUCUGGAAGUGACGGAAACUCUCCUUUCGCUAUUUCAGGAAGUGGAUCUUUUGGCGGAGGGAUGGGUAACAAACCUGGAUCUGGAAGUGAAGGAAACUCUCCUUUCGCCAUUUCAGGGAGUGGAUCUUUUGGCGGAGGGAUGGGUAACAAACCUGGAUCUGGAAGUGACGGAAACUCUCCUUUCGCCAUAUCAGGGAGUGGAUCUUUUGGCGGAGGGAUGAGUAACACACCUGAAUCUGGAAGUGACGGAAACUCUCCUUUCGCCAUUUCAGGGAGUGGAUCUUUUGGCGGAGGGAUGGGUUACCAGCCUGGAUCUGGAAGUGAAGGAAACUCUCCUUUCACCAUAUCAGGUAGUGGAUCAUUUGGCGGAGGGAUGAGUAACACACCUGAAUCUGGAAGUGACGGAAACUCUCCUUUCGCCAUUUCAGGGAGUGGAUCUUUUGGCGGAGGGAUGGGUAACAAACCUGGAUCUGGAAGUGACGGAAACUCUCCUUUCGCCAUUUCAGGGAGUGGAUCUUUUGGCGGAGGGAUGGGUAACCAACCUGGAUCUGGAAGUGACGGAAAUUCUCCUUUCGCCAUUUCAGGGAGUGGAUCUUUUGGCGGAGGGAUGGGUAACACACAUGGAUCUGGAAGUGACGGAAACUCUCCUUUCGCCAUUUCAGGGAGUGGAUCUUUUGGCGGAGGGAUGGGUAACACACCUGGAUCUGGAAGUGAAGGAAACUCUCCUUUCGCCAUUUCUGGGAGUGGAUCUUUUGGCGGAGGGAUGGGUAACCAACCUGGAUCUGGAAGUGUAGGAAACUCUCCUUUCGCCAUAUCAGGGAGUGGAUCUUUUGGCGGAGGGAUGAGUAACACACCUAAAUCUGGAAGUGCCGGAAACUCUCCUUUCGCCAUUUCAGGGAGUGGAUCUUUUGGCGGAGGGAUGGGUUACCAGCCUGGAUCUGGAAGUGAAGGAAACUCUCCUUUCACCAUAUCAGGUAGUGGAUCAUUUGGCGGAGGGAUGAGUAACACACCUGAAUCUGGAAGUGACGGAAACUCUCCUUUCGCCAUUUCAGGGAGUGGAUCUUUUGGCGGAGGGAUGGGUAACAAACCUGGAUCUGGAAGUGACGGAAACUCUCCUUUCGCCAUUUCAGGGAGUGGAUCUUUUAGCGGAGGGAUGGGUAACCAACCUGGAUCUGGAAGUGACGGAAACUCUCCUUUCGCCAUUUCAGGGAGUGGAUCUUUUGGCGGAGGGAUGGGUAACACACAUGGAUCUGGAAGUGACGGAAACUCUCCUUUCGCCAUUUCAGGGAGUGGAUCUUUUGGCGGAGGGAUGGGUAACACACCUGGAUCUGGAAGUGAAGGAAACUCUCCUUUCGCCAUUUCUGGGAGUGGAUCUUUUGGCGGAGGGAUGGGUAACCAACCUGGAUCUGGAAGUGUAGGAAACUCUCCUUUCGCAAUUUCAGGGAGUGGAUCUUUUGGCGGAGGGAUGGGUAACACACCUGGAUCUGGAAGUGAAGGAAACUCUCCUUUCACCAUUUCUGGGAGUGGAACUUUGAGCGGGGGAAUAGGUGGAAAUGGAGGAGGAUUUACUGGAGGAAGUAUGGGCGGAAACGCGAUGGGAACGGGUGGUUCGGGUGCAGGAAUGCCUAGUCCAUUCAGUACCGGAAACUCAGGGGGAACCGGAAAUGGACAAGGCCCAUUCAGUAUGUCGUCUUCUACAAAUAGUGGGAAGAUAGGCGGAAGUGGAAAAGGUAUGCCAAGCCCAUUCGACACAUCAGCAGCGUCGAGCACCGGACCAGGAGGAAUGAAGGGGGUAUCAUUCGCCACUAACAUAAUGGGGAGUGAUGGUCCUGGUGGACUUACAGGGGGAGCGUUCGCCCUCGGAACUGGAAGUAACGGACCGGGUGGCCUAGCAGGAGGGGCAUUUGACACCAGUGGAGGUUCUGGUCUGAGCGGUAAUGACAACAGUCUUUACGACACCAACAAAUACCAGGCGAUGCUUCAGGAACAGUUCAACACAGACAUGUAUGAACCAGGACUUACCGGAACUAAAUUCUCUGGAGAAUCUUCUACGUCCGCUAAUCAGGAUAAAGUAGUGGAUUAUGAUAAAAACCCAUAUUACAGUCUCGGCUCCUACUCGGUGUCCCCCGGGUCAGGCUGGAGUGGAUCUUCAUCACAAGGAGUGGUGGAUGCUGGGAAAGGAACAGGCGCUUAUCCAUUCAAUACGAAUAGCUACUCAUCAGACACUCCUGGACCAUUCACAGCCUCACAUUCCGACACCGGAAGUAGCUACUCCGGUGGAAAUAGUUUAUUUGGCGGGAGUAGCUACUCAACCGGAAUGACUGGAAAACCUUUUUACACAGGCGACAUGCUGUCCGGUAAAACCAAUGUUGGCGCUGGCCUCUUUUCAACUUCAUAUUCCGACCCUAUCCAAUCAGCGGCGAGUUCGGGGACAGAUACUCUCGGAGCAGGAGGCUUUGGCACAUCAGUCACGUCCAACGAUCAGCGUUACGGAACUCCUUUUGACGCACCUUACAACAUACUUGUGUCAAAUCCAUUGACGUCAUCAUUAAAUAAUAACAGACAAAGCCUUAAUAGUUAUAGAGGAAGUGUGGGCUCUGUGGGGGACUCGGUUACCUCCCCUUUCACCGAGAACCAAGGAUAUAGUUCUUCGACAAAUACGGGAAUGGGAUCAUUGAGCAGUCCAGCUGGAAACCCCGCGAAUCAAAAAGGUUUGAGUAUCGGAUUAAAUCUCUCUCGCCAGGAUCCAACACGUCAGGCCGGCUCUUAUAUCACUUUCGAUCUAUUACGGAGAAGAAGAAUGCCUACUCACGUAUAAACCACGUGACCGUUCGUGGUAUUUGAUAUGCAGACUUAUAUCUUGCACUUAACAUUAGCAACAAGCAGCAGUCCUGAAUAUAUCGGAAGUCUGUGACGGAAUUGACACCGAAACAAUUGUCAUUUUAAAACUGGUUCUUUUUUUUCUUUUAUCACUUUUAGUGAUGCAUUGAGCAGUAAUAAACAUAAAACAUUGAAAUUUAUUAUUCAUUUAUUUGAACAAAUAAAGUAUUGGAUGACA